GAGCUCAUAUAUAAAACCUCAUCCUCUACUUUACACGUACUCAGUUUCUCUUUUCUCACACCUUUUCUUUCUAAUACACAUAUACAAUGAAAACCUCAAGAUAUAUCGCUUUUCCUUUGGCCUAUGCUGCCUGUCUUCUCUUGCUUGCCAACCAAGCUCAAGCUAAAGCUGCUACUGAACAAGUAGAAGAUGUGACCAACUGGACAAAAGACCAAGUUCAAGCCUAUCUUAACAAAUAUCAAAUUACAUAUGACAAAAGCGAUGAAAGUUUAUUGGAAACUGCUAAGAGAUAUCGUGAUGCAGCUGCCUCUAAUGCUAAUAUUUUUAUCAAUGAUCAAGCAAAUAGCAUCACUCGUUUAUUGGAUGGUGUCAAGAUCAAGCUCGAAAAGAAUUAUAACUUGGCCACAAACCAAGCCAAUGCUCUUAUGAACGACCUCUCUCAUGAAUUAAAACAACUUGAGUUGAGCGGCAGUUUAACACAAGACAAGGUCAAGCGUGCUUUAGACCAGUAUCAACACAAGGCUCUUAAACAAAAAUACUUGACUGAAGCUCAAUACAAGGAACUCGCCAAUGAUAUCCAGAGUUCUUUUGCUCAUCCUACUUGGUACCAACGUAUCUUUGGUACAGGACCCGCUAACCACUUUUAUGAUGACAGCUCUUUCCACACUUGGCUUACCACCAGUGUUGUUCAACGCUUACAAGAAAACAAGGAAUUAACCAAGGAUGAGAUCAACAGUGUUACAGAAACCUUGAAGAAAGCCAUCAUGAACACAUCAAAUUCUAUCCAAGACUUGGCUACUCCUUCUUGGUGGAAGCAAUUGGCCAACGAUCUCGAAUCACAAGGCAAGUUGAAGAAAGACCAAGCUCAACAAGUCGCCGAUUCCUUAAAAGAGGAAGUCAUUGCUUACAAGAUUUUUGCCAUGGAUUAUGCUGGUGAAACAAAACAAAAGUCUCAAAACUUGUUUGCCGCUGCUACUCAAUACAUCAAGGAUACCGGUAAUGGCAUUUAUCAAGCUGUUGUUCACCCAUUAAAGAAGCAAGAUGCUUAUGCCAGUAGUGCACUCUCUACUGCUUCUUCUGCUGCCUCUUCUGCUACCGAUGCUGCUGCCUGGUCUGCUUCCUCUGCUGCUGGUGCUGCUUCCUCUGCUGCUGGUGCUGCUGCUGACUAUGUAACAGAUGCUGCUGCUUCUGCUACUGAUGCUGCUGCCUCUGCUACUGAUGCUGCUGCUUCCUCUGCUUCUGUCUUACGUUCCAAGGCUACACAAAGCGCUUAUGAUGCCAAGAACAGCUUUGGUCGUUUCUGGCGUCAAAAGGAAAUGGAAACCUAUAGAAAGAUUGGAUACACUGAAGCUCAUAUCGACUGGAUUGAAAACUAUCUCUCGAAGACAUUCCAUGAAAAGUCUAACUUUGCCAAGGAUUCUGUUCAAAGCGCCAUCAACACUGUUCGUCAAUACUUGAUUCAGGCCAAGGUUCAAACUGCUGCCCACAUUGAUUCUCAAUUAAAAUCACUUGAAGGUCUUAUUGAGCAUUGGAGACGCCAUACUGUACGUGAUGAAUUGUAAUGCAGACGUCAUUCUUAUGUAUUUAAUAAUAAUAAAUAAAAAUAAAAUACUUAUUUCGUACAUGUUGCUUUA